CUUUAGCUUUCUACAACCAUUUUUCCUCACCCCUCUCCAACACACCUCCUAUUUCCUCUUCAUUUUCCCGGAAAUCUCCAAGGAGAUUGAGACGAAAGUAUUAUAUUAGCAGGAUUCGCUCUCCUGUGAUGUCAUUUUCUAGCAUGCUCUCAAAGUCUUAUCAAAUAAGAGCAUAGUAAUCUACGAUUCCAGAGCCUGCAUUAUUUCAUUCUCAAAUACGUUACGUACACCCUGAUUCUGCAUUUUGAUAUCGGGACAAAUUUAUUUAUGCUCUCAUGAUAGAUGGGGAAGUUUCAUCAUUUCAAAAACUUUAAUGGGUUUAUGGUACGGUCAGAAAUAUGUGAAUGCAAUCCAAGAAUUGAACCAAAGAGAUUGGACGUAUAGAGUUUUGGGUUGGCAUUAAUGGGGUUCUUCUUUUUUACCAAAAGCUGGUAUAUCAUCUUGGUAAUCUCCUUGUCGCAAUCACUUGUUGUGAAAACUACUGCUGCUGCUGCUGCUUCUUCUUCUUUAACCUCUUCUUCUCAUUCUCCUAUUUAUUAUGACACCAAGUCUUUGACCGCUUUUUUCCACGACUAUGCCAAAAAAACUGUAUUGAGAGCCACAACGGGGGUUAAUUACAAGAUUCGUCUCCCAGCUAACUUCACCGGUAUGCAACUCAGAUUUGUGAGAUUCCGGACACCAAGUUUAAGGCACAGAGGAGGUCAGUUCGGCUCUUUUUCUGUUCCACCACGAGUUUUAUCAAGCUUUCCAAUGGAUGUUAGAAGACUAGCCAUCGUGUAUGAGAAUUUAGGCAACUGGUCUUAUUCAUACUAUAAAGUGCCUAAUUAUACAUUGGUUGCUCCUGUAAUUGGGUUCACUGUUUAUAAUUCUCCAGCUUCAAUCCACGGUGGCCCUUUAAUAGGCAAUGACAGAAUCAAUAUCAGUAUCCAACCAGGGAAGAAGCCUAUUGUGAUAAAGUUCAAGAAAAUUGACCGAGAAUUGAGCGAGUCUCCUCUAAGAUGUGUCAAGUUUAGUGAAGAUGGAAGCUAUGAAAUCGAGAGCAUGAGCGUGCCAAAUCAAUGUUUUGCCACAUCUCAGGGCCAUUUCUCUGUUAUCAUUUCCUCUUCAACUCCACCACCACCACCACCGUCGAAGUCAAGGCAAAAGGACUAUUUGAAAUGGUGGUUGACAGGAUUUGGUGGGGGUUUUGCUGGUGUCAUUUUGGUGGUUCUCGUUUCCACUGUCGUUUUCAAGAUUGUGAGGGACAGGAGAAUAAGAGCUAUGGAGAAACAAUCUGAAUGUGGUGUAUCGUUUGACACAUUUAGUGUUGGAAAAAGUAAAAUGCCUUCGGCUCCAAUGGUUAGAACCCAACCAGUCAUUGAACAUGAUUAUGUUGCUUGACCAUUUUUUUAUCACGUGUAUAUUUUUCUUUCUUUUUUUUUUUUUUUUUUGUGUACAUUAUAUUCUUCCAAA